AUGGGAAAUAAAGUGUCACUCGAAGAUGAAAUGAUCAACUUGCGAAUAGUGAGCAAACAGAUGCAACGGUCUUCCAAGAAAUGUGAAAAGAACGAAAAAGCAGCAUUGGAAAAACUGAAGAAGGCCAUUCAACAAGGAAACCAUGAGGGUGCUCGGAUUUACGGACAAGACGCGAUUCGUGAAAAAAAUCAGGCUUUGAACCAUUUACGGAUGUCGAGUAGGAUUGACGCGUGUAGUUCGAGGAUUGAAACAGCGGUGCGCAUGAAUCAAGUGACAGAUGGAAUGAAAGGGGUUGUCAAGGGCAUGGACAAGGGCUUGUCUGCUAUGAAUAUAGAAAAGAUUUCGAAACUCAUGGACAAAUUCGAACAGCAAUUCGAAGACUUGGAUGUCAAGACUCAAUACAUGGAGGGUACUAUGAAUGCUACGACAGCAACAUCGACACCCGCUGAACAAGUAGAUGAUUUGAUAUCUCAAGUGGCCGAUGCGAACAAUUUGGAAUUGGGGGAAGCCUUCUCAGAGGCAGGGCCUGUCGGAAAGAAGACUCCAGCUCUUGCAGCAAAGCCAAACGCGGAAGCCGACGAUUUGGAAACUCGACUUGCCAAUCUGAAGAGCUGA